AGCGAGGCUGUGACUCCAGCUCUCAAGGGGCUCUGAGGCUCUCCUGAAGGGGCAGACUAAUGCUUCUGCAUUUCCUGGGUCCCAGUUACCAGCAUCCUGAGCCCCCUGCUGCAAGCAGCUGGAAGGCAUAGAGUACAGCACCCUCCUCAGCCUCAAUUAUGACAGUGGCUACCGGAGACCCAGUGGAUGAGGCUGCUGCCCUCCCUGGACACCCACAGGACUCCUAUGACCCAGAGGCAGACCAUGAGUGCUGUGAAAGGGUGGUGAUAAACAUCUCAGGUCUGCGGUUUGAGACUCAGCUAAAGACCUUAGCCCAGUUCCCAGAGACCCUCUUAGGGGACCCCAAGAAGCGGAUGAGGUACUUCGAUCCCCUCCGAAAUGAGUACUUUUUUGAUCGCAACCGCCCUAGCUUUGAUGCCAUUUUGUACUACUACCAGUCUGGGGGCAGGUUGAGGCGACCUGUGAACGUACCCUUAGACAUAUUCUCUGAAGAAAUCCGGUUUUAUGAGCUAGGAGAAGAAGCAAUGGAGAUGUUUCGGGAGGAUGAAGGCUACAUCAAGGAAGAAGAGCGUCCUCUGCCUGAAAAUGAGUUUCAGAGACAGGUGUGGCUUCUCUUUGAAUACCCUGAGAGCUCAGGGCCUGCCAGGAUUAUAGCCAUUGUAUCUGUCAUGGUCAUUCUGAUCUCGAUCGUCAGCUUCUGUCUGGAAACCUUGCCCAUCUUCCGGGAUGAGAAUGAGGACAUGCAUGGUGGUGGGGUGACCUUCCACACCUACUCCAACAGCACCAUUGGGUACCAGCAGUCUACAUCCUUCACUGACCCUUUCUUCAUUGUAGAGACUCUCUGCAUCAUCUGGUUCUCCUUUGAGUUUCUGGUGAGAUUCUUUGCCUGUCCCAGCAAAGCUGGCUUCUUCACCAACAUCAUGAACAUCAUUGACAUUGUGGCUAUCAUCCCUUACUUUAUCACCCUGGGGACAGAGUUAGCUGAGAAGCCAGAGGAUGCCCAGCAAGGCCAGCAGGCCAUGUCACUGGCCAUUCUCCGUGUCAUCCGGUUGGUAAGAGUCUUUAGGAUUUUCAAGUUGUCCAGACACUCCAAAGGUCUGCAGAUUCUAGGUCAAACCCUCAAAGCCAGCAUGAGGGAAUUGGGCCUCUUGAUAUUCUUCCUCUUCAUUGGGGUCAUACUCUUCUCUAGUGCUGUCUAUUUUGCAGAAGCUGAUGAGCGAGAUUCCCAGUUCCCCAGCAUCCCGGAUGCUUUCUGGUGGGCAGUCGUCUCCAUGACAACUGUAGGCUAUGGAGACAUGGUUCCAACUACCAUUGGGGGAAAGAUAGUGGGAUCCCUAUGUGCAAUUGCAGGUGUGUUAACCAUUGCCUUACCAGUCCCUGUCAUAGUGUCUAAUUUCAACUACUUCUACCAUCGGGAGACAGAGGGAGAGGAGCAGGCCCAGUACUUGCAAGUGACAAGCUGUCCAAAGAUCCCAUCCUCCCCUGACCUAAAGAAAAGUAGAAGUGCCUCUACCAUAAGUAAGUCUGAUUACAUGGAGAUACAGGAAGGAGUAAACAACAGUAAUGAGGACUUUAGAGAGGAAAACUUAAAAACAGCCAACUGUACCUUGGCUAACACAAACUAUGUGAAUAUUACCAAAAUGUUAACUGAUGUCUGAUGAAACCUAUUAAUGUACUCACAGCUCAACAGGACUAAUGCAGAUGUUGCAUAAUAGCCUGCAUUGUAGUCAGUGUUCUACAGUGUGCAUCUGGUUCUGCAUGGAAAGCAAUAGUCGUGCAAGUGACUUUUGACUUUUUGAAUUUUGAUUUAGAACACAGAAUAUUUAUCAUGGCUUUCAUGAAAUCUUCAUCACUGACUUACAGGUUUCCAAAGAUGGGAGUCACCUAUGGAGCCAGUAUCUCAGACUGGC